CGAGGAACUCCACUGACCAGAAUGCAUUGCGGUCCACGCGCAGAAUGUGAUUGGCUGCCAGGAACUCGUUUCAGGAAGUAGUGCGUGGAAUUAGAUUUGCCGACUGAAAAUCCUCCUCAUGACAGCCUGCACCUGAGAUUCUCAACUCUUGUAAGUAAAUCACACAGAUCUCUCAUGGCUGCCAGACGAGUGGUUGUCUUCCCCUCCUCAGCAGAGCUUGGACCGGUGCUGGCCCAGCUGGUGACAUCUCGGGCAGAGAAGGCCAUCACCUCUCGUGGCAGGUUCACGCUGGGGCUCUCUGGAGGAAGUCUUGUGUCCAUGCUCAGCAAAGAGCUGCUCGCCCUGCCAGACCUGGACUGCAGCAAGUGGGUGGCUGGUUUCUGUGAUGAGCGACUGGUUCCCUUUGACGAUCCUGAGAGCACUUAUGGGCUCUACAAGAGUCAUUUGUUUUCCAAGGUCAACAUCCCGGACAGUGGGAUCUUAACCAUCAACUCCUCUCUGCCUGUAAAUGAGUGUGCUGAGGACUAUGCGUGCAAACUAAAGGAGGUCUUCCCUGGUGAUGAUUUCCCUGUGUUUGACCUGUUACUGCUGGGUAUGGGGCCUGAUGGACACACCUGUUCCCUCUUCCCAGAGCACCCUCUUCUGGAGGAAACCAAGAAGAUUGUGGCCCCCAUCAGUGACUCUCCCAAACCACCGCCACAGCGUGUAACUAUGACUUUCCCAGUGGUGAACUCUGCACGAUGUGUGGCUUUUGUGUCAACAGGAGGAAGCAAAGCACCCGUUCUGAAGGAAGUGCUGGAGGGCAGAGAGGGUCCAGCUUUCCCAGCAGCACGUGUGGUCCCGACAAACGGCGAGCUGUUCUGGCUUGUUGAUGACCCUGCAGCCGCCUCCUUAACCAUCCAGGUCGAGAGGCCAGGCUCCGGGGCCAAACUCUAGAGCCUCCCCGUCAGCUGAACGAAGACGGGACGUCAACACUGAUGUUGCAGCGUGAAUGAAGUGCAGUACAUUCCUACUUUCACACAGGUGUGCUGUUAGUUUAUGUAGGUGAGAAAAUUAGAUAGGAUAUAAGAAGAAAAGACAGAAAAAAUCACUGAGGAAGACUUUAGCAUUACAUUUGCAGGUUUGUAGCUGUGUGUGUGUGAGUGUGUUGGAAGUUUGAGCUUCACUCAAGAGUGCACUGAAUAAAAGAUUUUCUUGGAUGUAAAGUGGAGGAACAUUAGAUUCAUAAUGAGUGAAAGUCACUGUGUUUUAUAUUUCAAAUGCACAGUGUAACACAGGAUCAUUGUGAGCAAUGAAAUAGUUUUGACAUGGCAAACAACACCUGUGCAGCAGGCAGAUUAGUAGGAGGCAAAAGAAAAAAAGAAGAAAGAUGAAUAAAAAAAACAUGGUGUCAGUAACACCACCAGCAGAACAGAUACAGUAAAUGUACACAGGUAAUAAAUAAAUAAAUAAAUAAAAAGCCCA